AUGACUGAUAUAUUAGAAUCAUCAUAUAUUAACAUUGGUAAGACUCUUCUAACUGUUGGCUUAGCCAAACCACAUUUAAUUAUUUCAUCUAAAUGUGAGACAAUUAUUGAUGGAUCCAAAGAUAGUUAUUGCUUCAAGCCAGUAAGAACCACUAUUGAACAGUUCUCAUUCCAAGAUAAUCCAAAACUCACUUCAAUUGGUAGUUAUUCCUUUUAUAAUUGCACAAACCUCAAAAGUAUUGAUUUGUCAAAAUGCACAGAAUUGAUUAUUUUAGGACAGUAUGCAUUUGCUAAGUGUAACGCAGUCACAACUAUUAUUCUUCCAGAAGAAUUGCGAACAAUUUCAAGCUAUUCUAUUUCUGAACUUUCAAUAACUUCAAUAAAUAUUCCUUCUACAGUAACAAAGAUCGAAAUAUUCGGAAUUUGUUAUAUUGGAUCACUUCAUACAAUUACGUUCAGUAAAGGAUCCCAGCUUAAAGAGCUCGUUUUCAAUGCUUUUCUAGUUACAAAGUUCACAAGUUUCGAAGUUCCAGAGAAUAUUACUAAGAUUAGUGGUGUUGCAUUUAGUGGAGUGGGAACAAUGACAAGCAUCCGUGUUAAUCCAUUGAACCAAAAUUUUUGGAGCGAUACCAAAGCAGUUUACGAUAGUACUAAAACAACAAUUAUCUAUUGUGCUUCUGUUAUUGGAGAUUCAUAUGAAAUUUUACCUACUGUUACAAAAAUCAAUGAAGGAUGCUUUACGGGAUCUCGACUUAAAACUAUAAAUAUUCCGCCAGCAGUAACAGUAAUUCAGCAAUAUGCAUUCAGUUGCCAAUACUUGCAGAAUAUUCAAUUGCCACCAAACCUUACUGGAAUUCCUAAUAAUUGUUUUACAGGUACUGCUCUAACAUCUGUUAUAAUCCCAGAUAAAGUUACAUGGAUUGGUUCUAGUGCUUUUUCAAAUUGUUAUUCACUAACUUAUAUUUAUGUUCCAGAAAGUGUCACUUCUCUAGGAGGAUCCUGUUUUCCAUCAAACAAAAAGCUAUUCAUCAACAUAUCUGAAAAAUCAAAGUAUAACAUAGAUAAACAGUUAAUUGUCCUCACUAAAGACAACACUUCCAUUACUCAAUCAUUAAGUUCUGAAGCCAACAUUAAAAUUCCGUCAAAAGUAAGAAUAAUAAAGGCCGCUGCUUUUGCUAAAAGUCAAAGCUUAACAACUAUUUCAUUUGAUGAAGAUACAGAACUCAACGAAAUAGAAAAUGGAGCCUUUGAAGAUUGCACUAAACUUACGAGUUUUUAUUUUGGUUCAAAAUUACAAACAAUUAAUGCAAAAGCAUUUAAGAAUUGUCCUCUUUCAAUGUCUUUAAGUUUUUCAAAUAAAUUGGUCAAAAUUGGAAUUUCAGCAUUUACAAACACCAAAUUAACAUCACUCACAUUUAAUUCUGCUUCAGAUAUAAUAAUUGAAGAUAAUGCAUUUUCAAACUGUAUAUUGAUUCAACAAAUAUUAUUUAUCUGUACGGGAACAAUUUCAUUAGGAAUGAAUUGCUUUGGUGGAUUAACUGCACUUCAAUCUAUCCAAAUUCCAGGAAAUAUCAUCUCAGUUGGAACUAGUUGCUUCUCGAGAUGUUCUAUUAGAUUAGUCACAUUUGAUCAAAAUCGAAUUUCUUUCUCUUCACUUCCUGCAUUAAUUUUCAAAGAUUGUGAUGCAUGUCACUUGAUGCAGAAUGUCUCAGUAACACAGGUAUCACAGAUAUUGAGAUACCCGAUAGUGUAA